AGGUUAUCACUCAUUUCUGAGUCCAAACACACCCGAUGCGCGAGGAGACCAUUCCUCACAAUUCCCGGUUAAUCCCUCGCUAAAUAAAAAACCCUGGCGACUCCACCUCGUCGAUAGGGUUUAAGCGUCGCCGCCAACUACUACUAUGUCUACUCUCUCAAGACACACCAUGGAUCAACUUACCAAAGACUUCGACAAGGAAAUACCCAACAUGGAUAAUUCUAAGAGAGAAGAAGAAGAAGACGACCCAGACGAGGAUCAAGAAGAUGAACAAGACGACUGGGACGAUUGGAAUGCAGACGAAGAAGGCGAAGAAGCAUUUGAUUCGAACUUCCUGUGUCUGUUCUGCAACUCAAAGUACAACGACUGCAAUAUGCUGUUCAACCAUUGCAACUCAGUUCACUAUUUCGAUUUCCACAGCAUCAGAAGGAAUCUGGGUUUAGAUUUUUAUGGUUCUUUCAAAAUUAUCAACUACGUACGAUCUCAGGUUGCAGAAAAUAGGUGCUGGAGCUGUGGUCUCUCGUGUCAAUCAAACCUGGAUUUACAGCACCAUUUACACAAAAUUUUAAAUCUCAAUGACAUAAAGGCUCUUUGGGACGAUGAUAAAUAUCUAAAACCCUUCAAGCAAAAUGAUCCCCUUCUGUACAGUUUUGCAGAAGACGAAGAGGAUGAUGAUGAAACAGCUAGAGAAAAUCUUCCAUUUCAUGCAAACCAAAACCAAAAUAAUGGAAUGGAAGAUUGUAGUUCUGCUUCACAUGGUUAUUUGAAUGCUGCACGCAGGUUAGAGGCCAAGAUUGAGAAUACUGUGGAAACCACGGAAACCUUGGGUUUGAAAUAUGACGUGCAGGAAGACAACCAAUUAAAAAUAGCCAGACAAAUUUUUGAUAGAAAUGACAUAAAAAAUGCAAAUGAAAAUUACUUCGGUUCAUAUGGCUCUUUUGGCAUACACAGAGAGAUGUUAAGCGACAAGGUUAGAAUGGAAGCUUAUAUGAAGGCUAUUUUGGAAAACCCAUCUCUCUUCCAGAAUGCAGCUGUGAUGGAUGUAGGCUGUGGAACAGGCAUACUUAGUCUCUUUGCUGCAAAAGCAGGUGCAUCAAGAGUUAUUGCAGUUGAAGCGAGUGAAAAGAUGGCAGCAGUGGCCACUCAAAUUGCAGAAGACAAUGGCCUCUGGCGGAACAGGAAACAAACUAGAGAUUGUGGCAUGUCAAGUGGGAUUAUAGAAGUGAUUCAUGGUAUGGUAGAAGAACUCGAUAAGAACAUAGAGAUUCAGCCUCAUAGUGUUGACGUAUUAUUGAGUGAAUGGAUGGGCUAUUGCUUGUUGUAUGAGUCAAUGCUCAGCUCAGUUCUCUUUGCAAGGGAUCGUUGGUUGAAACCUGGAGGUGCAAUAUUACCAGAUACUGCCACUAUUCUUGUUGCAGGAUUUGGAGUUGGUGGAACUAGUCUUCCAUUUUGGGAAAACGUGUACGGUUUCAGAAUGUCUUGUGUUGGGAAGGAACUUGUAAGGGAUGCUGCCAAAGCCCCCAUCGUGGACAUUGUGGAUGCUAAUGAUUUAGUAACUAGUCCUGCAAUUCUCCAUACUUUCGAUCUAGCAACUAUGCGUCUUGAUGAAGUAGACUUCACUGCGAUGACCGAGUUGGAACCAAAUUUACAUAAUCCUUCAAACAACUCAAAUAGUGUUGAAGCUGAAGCAUCUUGGUGUCACGGAGUUGUCUUAUGGUUUGAAACUGGUUUCACAAGCAGAUUUUGCAAGGAAUCACCGGCAGUUCUGUCUUCAUCUCCCUACACUCCCAAAACUCACUGGUCUCAAACCAUACUAACCUUCAGAGAACCAAUUGCUGUAGCAUCUAGAAAGUCGGUAACCAAUGUAUCAGCUCCAGUAGGCAGCCAUGCCUGCCCUGCUGUCAAAGUUCAUUUGCGGCUUAGCAUUGCCCGUGCGCCCGAACAUCGAAGCAUUGACAUUUCACUAGAGACUACUGGGAUUGCUGGUGAUGGUAGGAAGCGCCACUGGCCGGUACAACUGUUCACACUAAGAUAGAGUAUGCAACCGUAAACAACAGAUGCUUGGAUCCCGAAUCAGCAACAUCAUACUGAAAACUGGACCGAUGUUCAAUUAUGUCUUGGAGCCUGCACGGCAUUUGUGGUACUUAAUAGUAGCAGAAGAUUCAUCGAUGGAGUUUAUUACCAAUUUUGACUCUUAAUUUUUCUUGAUAAAUUUAUAUUAAUAGGCAUUGAGAAUGUAAGCGAGUUAAGCUAAUUAACUUCAUAACCAUAUUGUUCUCUCAAAUAUCAUAGUAUGAUUAUCGAGGGCAUUAGUUUUGUUUUUAUUAUUGUAUUCUAUUGUAUUUUCACAACAUAAUGAGGAAUUUGGGCUUUUAGAAAUUCGCUAA